ACCAGUCCGUUCAAUUUUGCGGCCGACCACCGUGGGUGAACCAGAGGUUGCCAUCACCAUUAAACCUUUGGAGGAAUCAGCGAGAACCCAACACAGUUUGGAUCCUAAAAUGGGCGAGCAAGUGGAAGUUCCUUUCAGUCUUGCAGUCUUGGACAUGGCAGAUGCCCAAGGUCAUCAGUCACCGUCAACCUUGGCCAGCCUCUCUCAUGCCUGCCAGGAGUGGGGCUUCUUCCGUGUCGCCAACCAUGGAAUCCCAAGGGAACUGCUUGGCUGCGUAAGCUCCCUCUCUAAGGAGCUCUUCAGCCUUCCUCCCCAUUCCAAGGACAAGGCGGGCCCUUCCUCUUCUCUCAAAACAUACACACCGCCAUUCAUCGUCUCUCCCUUCUUUGAAAGUUUUCGUGUCUCCGGACCGGACUUCGCUGGUUCUGCUAAAAGCACUGCUGAGAGACUCCUUGAGGAACCAAGAGCAGAGUUUUGGGAUGCAUUGGGGGAGUAUGGUAACAAGAUGGUAGACUUAUCCAGGAAGAUAAUGGCAAUCUUACUGACAAUGUUGGGGGAGGGCAUGGAGAGGUAUCAUGAAUCUGAGUUUGGCAGGUGCCAUGGGUACCUAAGGAUAAACAGCUACUCUCCUAACUGUAAAAAAGAUGGAGUUGAAGGGCUAGGGAUGCACACAGACAUGAGUUGCAUCACCAUUCUGUACCAAGAUGCAGUGGGGGGGCUGCAGGUCAGGUCAAGGGCAGGUGAGUGGGUAGACGUCAGCCCUUGUGAAGAAACUUUGGUUGUGAACAUUGGAGACCUUCUGCAGGCUUGGUGCAAUGGAAGAUUAAGGUCAUCCUAUCACAGGGUCCUUUCAAAUGGGUCCAAUAGCAGGCUGUCCUUGGCCUUUUUCUGGAGCUUUGAGGAUGAGAAGGUGGUGAGGGCACCUCAAGAGCUGAUUCAGGAAGGCAGAAACAGGGUCUACAAGCCAUUCUUGUGCUUGGAUUAUGUCAGGUUUAGAGAGGAAGGCAACAACAAAGAAAUGAAGGAGAAAGUUGGAAGAACGGUUGAUGAUUUUGCUCUAGACAAGGCUCCGUUUGAGUGCAUGGCAAUGGCCAAAUGUUCAGUUCUUUGAUGGUUCAACAUGAUUGGCUUUUCAUUGAUCAUCAUAACACGCAUCAGUACUGUUCUUGGUGGCCCAGUCUCUCUCUCUCUUUCUCUCUCUUUGCGUGUGUGAAUUUGACUUUUUCCAUUACUCUUCGGUACUUGUGCAUGAUUCAAAAGGUAUUUAUAGUCUAUGGGCUAAAGUGCUCGCCAAAGAUGUCAACUUGA